AUAAUAUUUAGGAAAUAAAAGUGAAAGGCUAAACCCACAGUACUUUUUAGAUUCUUGUGUCAAUUUUUCUUUCUCCACUUCACAUCCCUGAAAACUUUUUUCUACUUCGCAUCCCUAAAAAGUUUCCAUUGCUAAAGAGCCUAUCGAAUGGGGGCAUUCUAUAGGCUCUUUUAAAAGUUUAUUUGAACAUCAAAGCUAAUGUUGCAAAAAGAGCUAGUACCAAUGGUGGCCGUUUUUUCCGGUAUAAAAAAGUAGUGAAAGAUGGUCCUACCGUUCUUGGCUUAAAUUUAUUGCAAGUGGCGGAAGAAAAUAUGCAAGGAGAGCGAACCAACAAUCCAAAGACCCGCUACAGCGAGGGAAGGUGGAAGUUUUAUAUUGAAAGCAGCAUCUGUGUGUUAUUUCUUAGGCUAAGAAUUGGAUCUAAUCCCUCCACCAGCCUAUAAAUUCUCAAGAAUUUCCCAUUGCUGAUGACGUGAUGAUAUUAUAAGAGACAAAAAACAGUGUUUGAAAAGAUUUUACGACCCGUUUGGUCGGUCACUUGCACUACCUCAGGCAAAGGGAAUCACCCUAAAACGUAUUCUUCAACUUGUUUAAUCCCACUACCAUCCCCUUGAGUGUAUAAGAAGCACCCAGAACCCACAUUUUCACACCAUAGCUCAACUUAGCCAUCUCUUAAAACGGAGCCCAGGUCUCUUUAUUACCAUAUUUUUUGUUCCGUGCGGCUUUCUUUGCAGCAUUUUCACCUACUUAGAUCAUCAUCGCCGUUCAAAGCUUUCCAUCCUAACUUCAUUUAUACAAUGGCAACAAGCCCUUUUAAAUCUUCAGGCAGUUCUAGCUCCUCGUGGACGCCUAAGCAAAACAAAAAAUUUGAGGACGCUCUGGCUUUAUAUCCCGAGGACACACCAGACCGGUGGCAAAAGGUGGCCAGGACAGUGGGUGGAAAAACAGCUGAGGAAGUAAAAAGGCAUUAUGAUAUCCUGGUGCAAGAUCUCAUGCAUAUAGAAUCUGGAAAGAUACCUCUUCCCAACUACAAGCCCAUUGUAUCCAACGGUACAGUGUAUGGUGAUGAGCAGAGGCUCAUGAAGAAUCUAAAGCUCCAAUAAAGAAGAGGUAUUAUACCGAUGAUAUAAUAAGAGCUGCAGAAGCGUUGUUCUCGAUAAUUACGAGAAUAUGCUUGGUGUCAGUGUUUCUCUACUUUCCCGCUCUGUUUGUCCUUUCAAGCAUGUAAUGCUAACCUGUGAAGCCAACUAAACUAUUGUAAGCCUUAACCUGUUUGUUCAAGUACCCGAUAAUGCUGCUUUUGUGUACUAGUGUGAGUACUGUUUCAUUCGCUUUCCAAUCAUUAUAAAGGAGCAUCUUGCACC